AAAGUUGUUAAUUAUUUUGAUAGCAUUUAAGGAAUUCCAUCUUUUAAUUUUUCCAUCCUGAGUGCUUUUUAUACGAGGCAGCAUUUCGAUUCGUGGUAAUGGUAAUGCUUCACAGCUGCCCUGAAGCGAGAAGAGUCUAUACCUGCACAAAGAAGAAUAUAUUGAAGAAGAAAUGGAAAAAUAAAGAAUACAAAUAUAUUAAAAAGAAGAAAAAAUGAAGUACAAUAUUAUGUAAAACAAGAUUUUACUACUCCUUGGACAAAGUUUUUAUUAUAGUUAUUACUAUAAUAAAAAGAGUACUGGUUAUAAUAGCGCCAUUUCUGGAAGCUAGGACCAAAAUUGAGAAGAAGAAUUGUAAUAAGCGAUUUCGAUUUAUUGUUUUUCCUAUUUCACCAUUGUUAUUAAUAACGUAAAGAAGUUGUAGUCGUAGUAUUAUAGUCAAUAGUAUCUCACUGUUUGGAUGAGAAAAGUUGUUAUUUUUAUCUACUUUAUUUCAAAGAUGGAAGAGAAGUACUAUACUAAUUAAUUAAAUUUAAAUUAAAUUUGGUGAGAACAUCAGAGUCAAAGCAAUAAAAUAUCGUGAGACCACAAAUGGAGUUACCAAAGAUUAGUUUUUACACAGAAAUAUCUUUAAUGAUGUUUGGGUUCGGAGACAGUCACACACCAAAUCAGGAAACUGUUCUUCUAGUAGAAAAUAUUGUUUUAAAGCAAUUGCGAACAUUGGUACAGGAAGCUCUCAAAUACUCAGAUGGAAAAAAUUUGAAAGGAGAAGAGUUAGUGUUUUUAAUGCGCCACAAUAAACAAAAAAUGAGAAGUUUUGUGAAGUAUCUCAUCAAUAAGCAAACCAAGUCAGCAAUUCAAAAAAUGCAGACGAAUGUGGUUGAAAUCGAUAAGAUCCAAAAACCAAAAGGACCCCUGAUGGAGUUCAUUGAGAGAAUUGAUGAAACUGGUGAAUUUACAGAUUUGAGUGAAUUUGAUGAAAUUAAGUACCAACGCCAGCUGCGUGCCGAUAGGAUCUCCUUAGCAUUAGAUGAAAAAAAAUAUCUGGAAUUUUGUAAAGCUCGAUGUGCUUCAUUCUGUAGUCGAGAUACUACUCAAAGAAGUUUGGAAAAAUUGAGACUUUGGGUGGACCCCAAGAAGAAAAUCAAUUUCAAAGUUGAAGCUUUAGAUGUAUUGGCUUAUUAUGCUUAUCAGACUGUUGCUGAAAUAACUGAUUACGCACUUCUUGUUAGAAUGGAUUCAAAAUGUGGAACUGACCCACUGAAGCACUUACCAGGAUCAUAUUAUACUGCUACUAUGUUUAGUGGUAAACAUAGAUUUGAGGAACCUAACCCAGACUACAGUAAUGUUCACAGUAGUCAGCCUCCAAUAAGUGUCAAUGAAAUCAAAGAGGUAAUGAGAAGGGUUACAUCUCCUCAAGCUGGAAGAUUGAGUUUUGGGGGAAAGCUGCCCGAGACACAUUUUUUAUUUGCCAUUUGAUAAAUCAAUUCUUAUUUACCUAUUGCAGACCAAUCUAGUUAUUUUCAAAAACUUCUAAUCAAUUACAUUUUCAAAUUUCUUCAAUAUUUCAAUUGUAAGGGAGAAUAAAUACCCAAAUUGCAUUAUUGUAAGAAGUAAACUGAAUAAUUGGAGAGGAAUAUCGCAAAGUGAUUUGUCCAGAAAAUAGUACUGUACAGUGAGAUUUUUAUACAAACCCUUAUUAAUGUUUGAUGUGCUGUUUAGUAAAUUGUUUAUGUAAAAUUCCGAGAAUGAAAUGGUUUAAGUAAUUAUUUAACGAGUUUUCAAUUAGUUUUUGGAAAUGAAAAAAUUCUCAAUAACUUUUGCCCAACAUUUCCUCAAUAUUUGGUGUGUAAAUCUAUUAUUAUUAUUAUUAUGUGAUUUUGUCGAAUGAAUAUUGUUUGUUA